GCUGAGGGCACGGCGGCCGCCGCCAGGGCGACGGCGGCUUUGCGCCUGGCGGCACAACUUGCGGCGCCAGCGGAGGCGGUGGCGGUGGCGGAGGCGGCGAGCGGUGCGAUUGCCUUUACUGCGGCUCUUCUGGACGCCCUUCCGCCGCUGCUGUUGGGACGACGCGGGGGGCCAGCGGACGAGGCAUGGGUCCGGGAGUGUCUCAGCCUGCUGUCCCGCCGCGUGCUUCCAGCCCUAGCGGGGCGUGCGCCGGCUGAGCCGCAGCCCUCUACCGCUACCACCACCGCAGCAGCGGCGGCGGCGGCGGCGUCACACCGCCUUGUGACCGCGACCUUGGCGGCGGCGGCAGAAUGGGAGGCGGCGGCGGAGGAGGUCGGCAGCAACGCCGGCCUUCCGUUUCGAGGCAGCGCUGGCGGCGACGGCGACGCCGCGGCGACGGCGUGGUGUACGACGACUGACGCGGCGGCGGCGACGGCGGCGGCGGCGGGGCCAGGUUCUUGGUCGCUCAUGGCGUGCUGGUGCGGCGUGGUGCAGCAGCUGGUGGCGUGCUGCGAGGAGCGACAGCAGCUGGCCUUGGUGCUCGACAGCGCGGACCGCAUUGCCGCUUGCAGCGCCAGCACCAGCUGCAGCGACAGCAGCAGCGGCCUCCUCCCUACCGCGUCCCGUUCCUUCCGUGCUAGCCUGCCGCUCGCAUGCGCCGUCGUGACGGGCCUGCGACCCCGCCUGCUGGCCACCCACAGCUCACAAGCCCUAGCCGACAGCCUGCUCAGAUUGCUGGCGGCAGCAGCGAUGAACCGGGCUGCUAACAGCGGUUGUGCGGUUGCCUUGCUGCCGGAUCAACAUGCGGUUUGUACGGCAUCCGUAGCGCUGGCGGCGACGGUUAACCGUUGGCAGGAUGACGCCUGGCUGACGUCGGCCUUUCAACCGGCAUUGCUGCAACCCCUGGCAGCAGCAGCAGCGGCGGUGGGAGCGACGGCGGCGGAGUCAGGGCGGUCAACGGCGACAUCGGCGGCGGUCCGCGCAGUGGGCUGGAUUGGCCGCGCGCUCGCACUCCGCAACCACCCGACGAUGCUGCCUGACAUUCUGCGGACGCUCUCACAGUGCCUGCGGGUCCAAGAGGACGGGGCAAUUCUGCCCGGCGUUGCUUCCGCAGUCACCUCGGC